AUGAGUGGCCUCGAUGCAGCCGCCGGCAUUGCUGGCCUGUUGACCCUGUCCUUCGCCUGUUUGCAAGGUUGUAUCAAAGGCUUUACCCUACUACGCCGAGCGCGCAGCCAUGAACGUGAUGUUGCCGGCGUGAGCUUGAUGAUCGAGCUUGAACAACACAAGUUUCUGACUUGGGCCGAAGAAGCUGGUCUGUUUGAGGAUCCGCCCGACCUGCGGGUUAACGCCCGGGACGCUCGCUACGUACCAAAGAUCCUGGCUCAGUUGAAGAAACUUCUGCUUGAUGUGAAUGGGCUCAGGAAACGCUACCACCUGGACAUAAAGGAGGAUCCAGAAGAAAUCCUUGACCUCGACGAGGACAAUUUCGCCGGCGUCAAGCCACCAUCGCAACACCGAAAGAGCCUAUCUGAGCUAUUUCACAACAAAACCAAUUGGAAAAAAUGGACGUGGAUUGCCUUUGAUGAGAAGAACGUGCGCAUGUUGAUGGACGAUGUGAAGGUCCUGGUAGCCCAGCUUCAGCAGUUCCUUGACCACGAAAGGCAGGUCAGAAUGGAUCAGGCAUUUGACGUAUUGCUGCGGACAACCGUGGUCAAAACUGCCAACGAACAAGAGCUGGACGUUAUCGGUCACGAUCGCAGUCAGACUUUCUCCAAAGGGGCCAUUCCUGCCGCGGCCCGCUUGAAACGGCAGGGUCUCCUUUUGGGAGUUACAGAUACUUGCACAGACAGUCGCUCAGUCAUCCAAAGGCCAGGAUCUUGGAGGAGCUCGACCAGGAGAGACUCCCACUCUUUUCUUCCCAGUCUCCCGGUCGCGUCAUCACCUUCAUCCUCUUCGAAGUCGAUGAGGCUGAACUGGAACGAACUCACCUUCCCGCCGUCACAGACCGAGGUCAGUCGGUACUUCGCUUGGUAUGCGCGAGAGCCCGUGCUCCUCGAGUGGAAGAGCGGUGGCGGAGGCAUCAAGCUACCGCUCCUAGAGAAUCGGGUGGACCGAGUUUCAGCAUUCUUACACGAGCUUGACCCGUCCUUCCACAGUUUGCCCUGUCGUGGCUACAUCAAAGAUUGGGCUGCAAAGGACCGAUAUGCCUAUGUCUUCGAUCUUCCUUUCAGUUUGUACCCUCCGACAGUGCAACAGAGCGCCGUGAAGAGCCAUAUGGACCUUCCAUCAUUGCCAAGUAUGCACACCUUGCGAGAUAUGCUAGAACGACCCAUGGAAAAUCCGUCUCUCAAUCUCCGACUUUCUUACGCCAUUACACUCUUGGAGACCUUGCUUCAGAUCCAUACCGCUGACUGGCUGCACAAGGAACUUCGGUCUGACAAUAUCCUCUUCAUCCAGGGCCCUCAAUUGGACAAUGCGUCUAAUGAGGAUAUUCUGCUUUCCCCGAUCUAUGUUGCAGGCUAUGUCUAUGCCAGGCUAGACAGUCCAUAUGAGCUCACAGAGCCCACUGAGUCAGACUUCGAAAACGACCUGUAUCGUCACCCGAUGUCGAUGGGCCCCUCCAGGGUGUCAUAUCGCAAAAGCUUCGACAUUUUUAGCGUCGGUUGCGUCCUGCUGGAGCUUGGACUGUGGGCAAGCCUUCCCGAUAUUCUGCGGAGUUGGUCAAGGGGCGGUCAUCGUGGUAUGAGCUUGACAGAUGCUGCCUACAAGAGUCCGCAUUUCCCGUUUUCUUCUUCACUGGCCAUGCUCACACCGAGGUCCUCGUCCAAUUCCAUCAAUAGACAGAGUCGUGACAACUUGGAGGAGAGGCGGAGUCGUGAUUUGAAGUUGCGGAGAAGCGUUCACUCUGUCGACCAAGAAAUGGGCGAUGAAAGCCCGGCGCCUGCCUUUGACCUUCUGGAACUGCGACACCAACUGCUCCUCUCCAAUUUGAAUGCGGAGAGCGGUUCUAAGAACGCUGUGACGCGUGCUUCAACUCGUGAUAUUCUGAAGGCGUUGAAAGGAGCGGCGGGCAUAGGAUAUGCAAAGGUGGUGGAGAGGUUCCUCGGGGUGGUCGAGAACAUGGAGGAAAUUGAAAACAGCUCGGAUCCUGUGGAACAAAUGGACGAACAUGAAUACGCUCUCCAGUUGGAGAUGGCGUCUUUAGACUCUCUCAGGGCCAUUGCAAAUGUCAUCUGA